CUUUCCUUGUUUUAUGAGACCAGCAAGGGCAGUGCAGGAAUAUGUUGAUUUGAGGCACUUGGGCAGUGGGUAGUCGGUCCCAUGACUUGAUUGUGGGCUGGAGUUGUCUGAGUGCCCAGUGUUCCUGCUGUGUAAAUUCCAGUCAGCCUCCCCAAUAUAUCAGGCACUGGUGUAACGGUAAGGUGGCCCAUACCCUCCCCCGACCCUCCGGGACAGCACUUACUGGGCUUCCCUUUGGGGGCAGUUGACUUGGCACGUCAUGAUCUUUCCCACGUCGGUGCCAACGUCGAUGUAGUGGUCCUAUAUCUCCUGUGAAAUUGUUUCCAACUGCCUCUCGUUAGAGAGGAUCUUACGGGGAGAAAGAGGGUUAGGAUAAAGUUUUUCGGGGGACCGGUUUUAACGAUGCAUAUGUGCUAGAAAUGAAGCCCAAAGUAACAGUCAGUGCUGGGUGCUUUGUGAAUUUUUUCCACCGAGUUAAGUCUGUAAGGGUCAUAUUUUUGCUGCCUGAAUUGUCUGGUGCUAUGCCAUCUCUAAUAGAGAACCCAUUUUGACUUUUCUUUUCUGUACUCUUUCAAUCAAAGGGUAGCCUCUGAGGGUAAGUGACUAAGACUUCUCCUCUACUGUCCAAGCGCUUUGGUGCAGGGACAGCGGCCGUCCUCAGCCAGUCCAGUGCAGGCUCUCCGCCGAAGGCCGGCUCUAGACGGUGGUAUGCUCUCGAUAGUAUAGUGCUGGCCGACUGCUGCUGUGGUUCUCUGCCGGUUGUGCUUCUUGUAAUCCUCUGUCGUGCUUUGGUAAUUGUAUCGAUUAGAGUUAACUGUCUUGACUUGAAUUUUGUCCCUUUAAAACUGCUGUACUUGUGCAAUAAAGAUGCAGUACCUUUCUCUUAAAAAUUUUUUCUACGGAAAGCCGUAAGAAUUGGCUGAUGGGAAUUCAGACUUCAGAGUGGGAUUAUGUCAUUAUUCCUGGAAGUCCCAAAGUUGCUCUUUUCAGCAGCUGAGUAUUGACACGUUUUAGUAAAAGACUCCUUAUUGAAAUGGGACAAUUUGGAAACGGUUCUUUGAUAAGCCUGAGAAGAGGACUUCCCUUUGGGCAUUGAGUCUUCCUCUGCAUGAUGUUCCCAUGCACCCAAGGGUGUUUUCCCCUUCCAAGUGGACUCCGUCACGGAACGAGAAGGGCCAGACCCUGAGCGCCUCUUCAAGGAAAAGGGACACGAGAGGACGGCUUGUCUCCGAAGAGCCCUCGCAGGCUGCCUGCUCAGCCCAUUCAUUUGAGAAUUACAUGAACGACAGCCUUCGCACAGACGUCUUCGUGAGGUUCCAGCCUGAGAGCAUCGCCUGCGCCUGCAUUUAUCUUGCUGCCCGGACACUGGAGAUCCCUUUGCCCAAUCGUCCCCAUUGGUUUCUUUUGUUUGGAGCAACUGAAGAAGAAAUUCAAGAAAUCUGCUUAAAAAUCCUGCAGCUUUAUACCCGGAAAAAGGUUGAUCUGACACACCUUGAAAGCGAAGUGGAGAAGAGAAGGCACGCCAUCGAAGAGGCCAAGGCACAGGCCAAGGGCUUGCUGCCUGCUGGCACCCAGGUCCUGGACAGCACUUCAGGGUUCUCACCUGCCCCCAAGCUGGCAGAAUCCCCCAAAGAAGGUAAAGGAAACAAGCCUUCCCCCCUGUCUGUGAAGAACGCCAAGAGGAAGAUGGAGGGCAUGAAGAAAGCCAAGGCUGACAGCCCGGUGAACGGCUUGCCAAAGGGGCGAGGGAGCCGAAGCCGGAGCGGGAGUCGUGAGCAGAGCUACUCGAGGUCCCCGUCACGAUCUGCUUCUCCUAAGAGGAGGAAAAGUGACAGUGGCUCCACGUCUGGCGGGUCCAAGUCGCAGAGCCGCUCACGGAGCAGGAGUGACUCCCCACCAAGACAGGCGCACAGAGGUGCUCCCUACAAAGGCUCCAAGGUAAGGAGCUAUCGGAAGUCUAAGGACUGCAAGUACCCCGCCCAGAAGCCACACAAGUCCCGGAGCCGGAGCUCCUCUCGCUCUCGAAGCCGCUCGCGGGAGCGGGCAGAUAAUUCUGGGAAAUACAAGAAGAAAAGUCAUUACUAUAGAGAUCAGCGAAGGGAGCGUUCUCGGUCUUACGAGCGAACAGGCCAUCGCUACGAGCGGGAUCACCCUGGGCACAGCAGGCAUCGGAGGUGAGGCGUGGGGCUCCCAGAGCGCUGCCCUUUGACCCUUGGUGUGCACACCCCGGUGUGACUGGCCCUGUGGUGAGACUCUUUUUGGAAGCGGCUGUUGACUCUGGACCUUGUGAGGAGUUUGGAGAUGGAAUCCAGAGGCCGGCGAGGUGCCCUUUAGGCCGGCCUGGGCACGGCGCACAGCUGUGCCGGCACAGGGCCCACCUCAGCAGCAGCCCCGUGGCCGCUGGAUGUGGACGUCCUGGUGGUGUGGCUUGGUGCUAACGACAGGCUGUGUCUUUACUCCCGUACCGAUACUGAAUUACGUUAAACCAAGAAAAUGACUAUUAGAAUCUUUGCCUAUAUUAGGUUGUACUUAUGUACAUAUUUUGCAGCGUUUCACAAUGAGAAAAUGGCCUUAAUAGCCCCUUAUUCUCUAUCCACCUUGUAAAUAAACAUGUGUUUAAUACAAGUUAAAGCUAUAUAUGAAAACUCAGAACUUGAAUUCCGUCAGCUUAAAACUUGUGUAGAGAAUUCGGAUUUUUAAAAUGUGAAGGUAUUUAGAUCUGUGUUGAAAGUCGUAUAUUUUUAUCUGUGCGAUGCUGAGUGCAGGCCACCAGCUCCUAAAUAGAGAAGUUUCCUAUAUAUGCAUUUUACGUGGUUAAAUAAACAAUUCUCUCUACUCAGGA